UGGAACUUUAAAUCUUUAUUCUUAUCCAAACAGGAGGAUACAAUUGCUUAGCUUCUGAUUUCUACUCCAAAAACGGUAGCUUUUCAAAAGCUCAUAGAUUUUUAACCGUUCAACAGUUUGAUUCGCAGAAAGUGCUUUCAGUGUUGCAGGAUAAGCAUUAUGGGAACACUUAUUGCAAGCAGUAACUUGGUUGGUGCAUUGAAGGGACUUUCUCUCUCAUCCAGCUCAUCUUCCGUUUUCAAUGGGGAUAAAUCUAUCAUAGUAAAGCAGAAGUUGGCCUUUUCAUUUCAGUUAAAGACACCUUUAAUAAUUGAAUCUGCCCACAAGAAAGGAGCUGGUAGUACAAAAAAUUGACGAGACUCAAUAGGUAAGAGGUUAGGUGUAAAAAUCUAUGGAGACCAAGUUGCCAAACCCGGAUCAAUAAUUAUCAGGCAACGGGGAACCAAGUUUCAUCCUGGGAACAAUGUUGGACUGGGUAAAGACUAUACCAUAUUUUCCUUAAUUGAUGGUCUUGUGAAGUUUGAGAAAUAUGGUCCAGACAAGAAAAAGGUGAGCGUUUAUCCUCGUGUGGUUCAACCUGAAAAUCCAAACAGCAGGAAGGUGAGGCAACAUGAGUAUUACCGCCUUAGGCGGGAGCAGCAAAAGGCUAAAAAGAUGCGUAUUUCUUCUCCAGUGCUCACAUUAGCUUCAUCAGAAUCAAAAGAACCAUCUGUUGAGAAUGAAAUUUGCUAGUUGCAAGUAAAUUGUAGAGGUUUUAAACUUCCCUUCUUUUUCUGAACAAAACUGAGAUCUCCCACAUCCUGCCUUUGAGAUUCAUUGAAUCUUUCUCAGUGAGGUUUACAUUGCAAUAGUCUAGUCCUUCAGCUGUUGGAAAGUUAAUUUGAGAAGUACUCAUCUCAUAUUGUGUGCACCGAUAACAAAAGUACAUGCAGGAAUAAGAGAUUGAAAAUUGACACCAUGUGUUAAGCUUGUUAUGGCUGAUGACCAUGAAAUGUAUGCAUUAUGAAAUUCCCUACAAAAUUGAGCCUUAUCAGAAGUGUAAUAUAUCUUCAACAAAGAGCUGUCUAUCCACUUUACAAAUGUGCUAGAAAAUAAUUUAUAAUGGGCAUUGUUCUAGAAGUCUUUAAUGUUCUAUUAUCUCCUAAGCUGAAUUACAAAUGAAGCAUCAUAAAAGA